AUGAGAACUUUUGCCUGGACACCACACGACAUACCCGGAAUAGACCCUUCUGUCAUGAGCCACAGCUUGAAUAUCUCCAACUACUUCCCACCCGUCAAACAGAAGCAAAGGAGAUUCGCUCCAGAGGUGAAUCAAGUCAUACAAGAGGAGGUCCAACGGCUCCUGAGCACGGGGGCAAUCGAAGAAUGUUUAUACCCCAGUUGGCUUGCCAACCCCGUCGUGGUCCCAAAGAAGAAUGGGAAAAAGAGAGUAUGCGUAGACUACACAAAUCUAAACAAAUCAUGUCCCAAAGAUAGCUACCCUCUACCAAAGAUCGAUCAGAUGAUAGACGCCACGACAGGAUAUGAAAGGAUGAGCUUCCUCGACGCCUACUCUGGAUACAAUCAGAUCCCCAUGAAAUCAGAGGAUAGGAUUCAUACAGCUUUCAUAACAGAAGAUGGUUUAUAUUGCUACAAAGUUAUGCCCUUCGGUCUAAAGAAUGCAUGCGCGACAUAUCAGAGGUUGAUGCACAAGCUGUUUUCCUCAUUACUCGGGAGAAAUAUGGAGGUUUAUAUUGACGAUAUGGUCAUCAAGUCCAAACAAAGCUCUUCACAUAUAGACGACUUGACGAAAUGUUUCGACAUCCUUGAUACUUAUAAAAUGAAAUUAAACCCCACAAAAUGUGUCUUUGGGGUGUCCUCUGGACAGUUCUUGGGGUACAUCGUCAGUCAGAGGGGCAUCGAGGCGAAUCCAACACAGAUUGCGUCCCUCUCAGAAAUUAAGGAACCCCGAACCAUCCGUGACAUACAGGCUCUGACCGGCAAAAUAGUAACAUUAACUCGAUUCAUAUCACGAAUGUCAGACCGCUGCCAACCCUUCUUACAGUGCAUAAAGAAGUCUACCAACACCACCUGGGGACCAGAACAGCAAAAAGCAUUGGACGAGUUGAAGACUUAUUUGAGCUCUCCUCCUAUAUUGAGCUCUCCUAUUGCUAAUGAAGAUUUAUUCUUAUAUUUGUCUGUCUCACAAUUCGCUGUAAGUUCCGUUCUUUUUCGAGAAGAGGCCAACCGUCAGAGGCCAGUGUUCUACUGCAGCAAGAUGUUGUUAGAUGCUGAAACCCGAUACAGUAUGAUGGAAAAAUUGGCACUCGCACUCCUCACGGCCAAAAAGAAGUUACGACAAUACUUCGAAAGCCACACGAUCAUCGUAUAUACGGACUAUCCAUUAAAGCAGGUACUGAGUAAGCCCGACCUUUCGGGAAGAUUAUCUAAAUGGGCCAUUGAGCUUGGGACAUACGAUAUUCAGUUUUCGCCACGAAAAGCUAAAAAGGGGCAGGUACUCGCUGACUUCCUGGUUGAAAUUCAGUCAUUCACACCUGACGCCCUGCCAGAAUUAUUAGAAUCAGAAGAUCAAUGGCUGUGGACAAUGUACACUGACGGAGCAUCCAAUUCCCAAGGGGCUGGUAUUGGCGUCGUAUUAGAAGCUCCCUCAGGACUCAAAAUCGAAGAAGCUAUCCGUUUAGAGCAAUCCGUAACGAAUAAUGAAGCAGAAUAUGAGGCACUAAUCUAUGGUUUGGAACUCGCACGAGAAAUGGGAAUCCAACGUCUGAACGUUAGAGGCAAUUCGCAGCUUAUGAUAGAGCAAGUGGCUGGAAAUUUCGAUACCAAAGCACCCCAUCUGGCUAGCCUUCUACAGAAGGUAACUGACUUACGAUCGCAUUUUCGCCAGUUUGAACUCAUACUAGUACCCAGGGAGCAAAAUCAGAAGGCCGACACCCUUGACAAAUUAGCUUCUGCAGGAGGAUGCACACGCCAGUCCUCCAUAUCCAUAAGCCGAUCAAGCAAAGAUAUGGAAGUCUAUUCCACCUCAUCAGAACCUGAAUGCUGGAUAGAUCCGAUCAUCAAGUACUUGACCACCUCCGAGCUCCCACCUAAUCCGAAAGAUGCAAAACUACUGCGCCUUCGGGCACAACGCUAUUCCAUGAUCCAUGGGACGUUGUACCGAAAAUCCUUCAAUGGCCCAUACCUACGAUGUUUGCGCCCAUCAGAAGCAAAAAAAUUGUUAGAAGAAAUACAUGAGGGGACAUGUGGAAAUCACAUAGGGGGACGGAGCUUGGCACACAAGGCACUUACAGCAGGGUAUUACUGGCCAUACAUGAUGACAGAAGCGCGGGAUUAUGCUAAAAAAUGCGACAAAUGCCAACGAUUUGCACCCACCAUCCAUCAACCUACUCAAACCCCACACUCCAUCGUUGCACCUUGGCCAUUUGCAAAAUGGGGUAUGGAUGUGGUAGGUGAACUACCUAAGGCUGCUGGAGGAAGAUGGUAUGCUCUUGUAGCCACUGACUACUUCACAAAAUGGGUUGUGGCAGAGGCGUACGUCACGGAGAUAGUCGUCGACAACGGCACUCCGUUCCAAAAUGCAAAGGUACAAGAGCUAUGCGACACGUACAAGAUCAAGCUAAGCUUCGCCUCUGUCACUUACCCACAGGGCAAUGGUCAAGUAGAGGCUUCCAACAAAGUCAUCUUUGCCAACAUUAAGAAGAAUUUGGAAGACAAAAAAGGAGCAUGGGUAGAAGAAUUACCGAAAGUGUUAUGGGCUUAUAGAACAACAAAAAGAUCCUCCACGGGGGAAUCUCCCUACGCCAUGGUUUACGGAACAGAAGCUAUCAUCCCAACAGAAGUUGGUCUGCCUACACUUCGGACAGAGAUCGCAUCUGACCCAACAACGAACACCAUUCAAUUACUGCACAACCUAGACCUUCUAGAAGAAACACGUACAAUGGCACAAUUGCGACUGGAAAAUUAUCAGAAGGUAGCAGAACGCUACUACAACAAAAGGGUCCACUUACGCACAUUUCGAGAAGGAGAUUGGGUUCUGCGUAAGGUCACAGGCAAUAAAAAGAAGCUAGAGCCUAACUGGGAAGGGCCUUUCCAAAUCAUUAAAGUAUUAGGCAAAGGGUCUUACACUCUAAAGAAUUUGCCAACACCCCCUGGCAAUACACCGUAUGUCUUUGAUCUCAAAACAUACACCUACAAUUCAAUAAACAAAGAGCAAUGA